GGAAGGAGUGCACUAAAUGGUCACAGGAUGAACGAAACAUGCACAAUAUGCAUAGAAAGUGUUAAGCGCCAUUAUUGGCACAUGGAUGGUCAUGACUGGUGUUUCUUCAAGGUUAUGUGCAUUGAAAAUUUCAAGGAUGAAAUGGCCAUACCAAAAAAGUUCAGCACUAAUUUCAGAGGUCACGUAUCUGAUGAAGUCAAACUAGAAGUCCCAGAUGGUAAAAUUUAUAGUGUUCAGGUUGCCAGGGAACAUGAUGAGUUGGUUUUUCAAUCAGGGUGGGCAAAAUUUGCCAAUGCUUAUGAACUUGAACUGGGUUACAUUCUGGUCUUUACAUACAGUGGGAACUCCCACUUCAAAGUGCGGAUCUUGAAACAGAGUGGUUGUGAGAAAGAGUUGUCGUGCGUUAUGAUGGACCGUGGACCUGAUGUCCAAGAAAGGCACAUUGUUCAUGAUCAAUCACUACCUACCAAAAGAAAACGUCAGGAUGACGGUUCGGAUCACAGUAAUAAAACUUCAAAGAUGACUCCAGCAGGCUCACCUUCACAGAAAACCAAUUCAGAAUUGAACAAUGAAAAUGUCUUAUCUUCAAAAGAUAUUCAGGACCCCGGGAGUUCAGGUGGCCUUCAGGGAUCCACUAGAUCACCGUACAUCUUAGAGAUGGGUUGUAAACUGACUGGAACUCAGAAGGCAAGAGUCGACGAACUUGUGAAAGAAAAUAGGCCUGGAGUUUCAUUUUAUGUCGCAGCCAUGAACGAGAAAAAUGCGUCAGAUGGAUUUCUGGUCAUUAGCAAGGAGUAUGCUGUCAAGCACCUUCCACAUCAAGACCAGACCAUCAAACUCUGUCGUCCUGCAAACAGCAAAACAAGCGAUGCCAGUUUGAAGGUUAUCACAGAUGGCACAUGCGUCCUUUCAUGCAUCCUUUCUACUGGUUGGACUGGCUUCUUUCGUGAAAAUAAGUUACAGGAAGGUGACAUCUGCGCAUUCGAAGUGUCCAAGAGCGAUGGUAGAGUAACAAUAACAGUCCCACAUCUUACAAAAAUGUAUGUGACUACAUCACAUACCAAACUGACCAGCGAGCAGGACAGAAAAAUUGAAGAGAAGCUCCAGGUUAUUCAGCCUCAAGUUGAAAUAUAUGUGUCCCUUAUCCGGAGGAACAGGACCAGCAUUUACGUCAAGAAGAGCUAUGCUGAUGCUCAUCUCUCAAGCAAGGGUAAGACAAUAAUACUUCAGAGACCAGCUGAGAAGACUUGCACUUGGAAAGUCAAUCUCUACAUCGGCAACAAGAAAAACAGAAAAAAUUAUUUGCUACAGGGUGGCUGGUCGAAGUUUGUUAGAAAAAACAAGCUACAUGAUGGUGACAUAUGCCUGUUCGAACCACUCGAGAACGAGAAGGAGCCCACCAUGAACGUCUACAUCAUCAGCAUGGCGGCGGCGCCAGUCUUGUGACCAUGCUCAAUUAGUUACUUAGUGAUAGUGCCUUUUCUGUUGGAAAUUCGUGAGCUUUUGGUUCUCCUCUGCCAGCUCCAUCUCCCAAACUCUUGCAAGAACCCCUAUGUCAGUUUGGUUUCUGGUAUGAUGUUGCAAGCAAGGGUACCUUAUGUUUCAGAAGUACUGGUUAGUUAAUUAUGGUUAGAUGUUGUGGCUUGUAAAUUGGUCAAAACAUGGUGAACA